AGCGCCCCGCCAGCCGCGCCCGCACCAGCCCAGCCGGAGCAGCAGCAGCGCAGCAGCGGGAGGAUGGCAGACGGCUUCUCGCUCAACGAUGCCUUAUCUGGAUCUGGACACCCGAAUCCUCAAGGGUGGCCCGGAGCCUGGGGGAACCAGCCUGGAGCCGGGGGCUACCCAGGCGCUGCCUAUCCUGGUAGUGCCUACCCCGGGCAGCCUGCUCCGGGGGCCUACCCAGGACAGGCACCUCCUGGGGGCCAGGCAGGCCCAGGAGCAUAUCCAGGCCAGGCCCCAGGAGCCUAUCCAGGCCCCGGCGCACCUGGCUCCUACCCCGGUGCUGCGCCCGGAGCCUACCCCGGUGCUGCGCCCGGAGCCUACCCCGGUGCUGCGCCCGGAGCCUACCCUGGGGCUGCGCCCGGAGCCUACCCUGGGGCCAGCCCCUACAGUGCACCCUCUGGACCGCUGACUGUGCCCUACGACCUUCCCCUGCCUGGUGGAGUCGUCCCGCGCAUGCUCAUAACAAUCAUGGGCACCGUGAAGCCCAACGCCAACAGGCUGGCCCUGGACUUCAAGCAAGGAAAUGACGUGGCCUUCCACUUCAACCCGCGCUUCAACGAGAACAACAGGCGGGUCAUCGUGUGCAACACCAAGCAGAACAAUGCCUGGGGCCGGGAGGAGCGGCAGCAGGCCUUCCCCUUCGAGAUAGGCAAACAGUUCAAGAUCCAGGUCCUGGUGGAACCUGACCACUUCAAGGUGGCGGUCAAUGACGCCCACCUGCUGCAGUACAACCACCGGGUGAGGAACUUCACGGCAAUCAACAGACUGGGGAUUUCUGGCGACAUAAACCUCACCAGUGCAUCCUACACCAUGAUAUAA